GCAAGCAUUAAAGAUUUACGGAAGUUGCUUCAUGGACGGCCUGGUAGGCCUUUUGACGGUUCCAAACAAAACAACCACCCUUCAAUAGAGUGCUUUCAAGACCACCAUGAGUAAUUAGUACUAGCAGUUGCCACACUGAAACCGAAGCCAAAAUGAGCUUCAUGAAGAAGAUGCUUAGCCAGCGUGGUGGUGGAGACUGCCAGGCUGGCCAGGCACAGGAUAACAGCCUGGGGCUCAUGCACCUACGCAAGCUCUUCACAGAGUUUAGGCACCCGACAGUCAAUUCCACACAGAGGAACCAAGAGGAGAAGUUGUACAGUAUGUUGCCACUGUUUAUAAAGGUGUUUGAGAGCACCCAGUCCAAUGAGAUGACUGAAAAAUGGAGUGAUAUCCUACAGUUCUGCAGCCACGUCUCUAAACUAAUGGUCACAGAGAUCAGGAGAAGAGCAUCAAAUCAAUCCACAGAGGCUGCCAGUUGUGCAAUAGUUCAGCUGUUAGAGAUAGAGUCUGCUAUUGAAAAUGGCAAUGGCUGGAUGCUCCUCACUGCUAUCAAUCUUCUGUCUUUGGGCGGCAACACAUUGAUUGAUUGUAUGACUGCUGCUUCCUUACCUUCCACACUGGUCAAGUGUCUCUACCUGUUCUUUGACCUGCCACCAGUAGAGAAUGGAGACGAGAAGCAGCCUGGAUGUGAGUUCACACCCAUGGAGAGGAGGAUUUUACUGCAAAAAGUCUUUGUUCAGGUUCUGGUGCGUCUCUGCAAUCAUGCAUCUCCAGCAGAAGAGUUGGCACGUAAGGAUGACCUGAGCUUGCUGUUCAGUGCCAUCACCAGCUGGUGUCCGCGCCACAAUGCCAUGUGGAGGCAGAGUGCAGGGGAAGUGUUGGUCACACUGUCUCGACAUGGGCUGACUCAACACGUUGUUUCAUACAUACAUGAUAAAGGCUGUGUACGUCACUGUAUUGAAAAUAUGCAACGGGCUCAGGAUUUGUCACCGCUGGAACUGGUUGAGAUGUUUGUUACAGUAUUCUGUUUCCUGAAAGAUUCCAGUGAAGUCUCCCAGCUCCUUCUUGAUGACUUCCGCUCAUGUCAGGGCUAUGUCUUCCUCUCAGAGUUUUUGCUCAAGCUGGAGCAGGACAGUGCUGAGGAGUCAGUCCAAGCACUACGCAAUUUGGUCCUCUUAGUGGGCUCUCUCACCACCUGUGGCUUCACCGAGAUGAAGCCCAGCCACAGUAAUACCGGAUCUUUAUUCCAGAUGCCUGGAUUUGCCGUACCCACCCCAUCAGGGAAAGAGAAGAAAAGAAAGUCAGAUAAAGGUGUGAGUGUGAGGAACGUCCAGGCAUUCCAGGUGUUGCAGUCUGUGUUCAUCAAGUCCACCACCAGCCACCUGUGCAGCACCAUCCUGGAUGUGAUCAGCAGCAUCUACCACCAGGACAAUGCCAACUACUUCAUCCUGGAGUCACAGCACACACUCUCUCAGUUUGCUGAGAAAAUCUACCUCAAGCCGGAGGAUAUUCAGAACAAGUUCUUUGAGUUGCUCGAGUUCCUUGUGUUCAACCUGAACUUUGUCCCGUGUAAGGAACUCAUCAGUGUCAGUAUUCUUAUCAAGUCACAACAUUCCAUAGAGUGCAGCAUCAUGUGUAUGAAGUCUCUACUACGUGUGCUGCGCUACCACAGCGUGUACCGCGAUGUGUUCCGGGAGGUGGGCAUGUUGGAGGUUCUAGUCACCUGUCUACACAGAUAUGCAGCACAGCUCAAGGAACAACACAGUGACCCUGCUGUAAGCCCUGUGUCUACAGCAGAGCAAGAAAUGGGACUGCUGGUGAUGGAGGCCUUGGCUGUGCUGCUCUCUGGAAACAGUUCCAAUGCUGGAGUGUUCCGUGAGUGCGGAGGGGCACGCUGUGCUCACAACAUGGUUCCCUUCCUCGACUGUCGCCAGCCGGCGCUGCAUAUUGUCCAGCAGCUGGUGCUCUCCCCUGGCGGCGACGACGAUAUGGGCACGCUGCUGGGCCUCAUGCCCACGGUGGCUGUCACUGACCUUGAGCUCAAGACACACAUACUGAAGUCUCUACUGAGUGUAUUGCGAGAGAGUCACCGCACAAGAACAGUGUUCCGGAAAGUUGGCGGGUUUGUCUACGUCAUGUCGGUGCUUGUAUCCAUGGAAGGUUGUCUGGCUGAUCCACCCAAGGCACCGUGGGAUACAGUUGAAAAGAGGGAAGUGCUACUGAUGCUGAAGACUGUGUUCAGUACCCUCACAGUGGCCAUGAGGUUUGAGCCUGCUAAUGCGAAGUUCUUCACUACAGAGGUUCGCUAUGACAGUCUGACUGAGGCAGUUCGGUUACUGGGCUGUUUUUCCAACACUGUAGACAUUCCGGCUGCUGUGGAUGGCCAGGUGGCCUCUGAGUCUGUGGAGCAUUUUGUGGCCGUUUUCUCACACAGCAGAGAGGACAAGGCCCCAUCAAGCAUUCCCAGAAUUCUGUUGUCAGCUUGCAUAAUUCUCCGCUACCUUUAUGACAUGGCUCUGGACGCCUUUGACAGGCCCAGCCAGCUGAAGACGGACUCUCCCUGCCUCAAGAAGCACACGUCUGUGAUAGAUGAGAGUCUGAUCAACUCCACAAUCUCCUCCUCCUCCCCUCCCACCCCGACCUCCUCCUUAUCCUCCGCCAUGCGACCCAAGAGUGGGAGCACAGGCAGUCUGUCGCUCAAUCUCAACGCCGGUGUGGACCCACUGCUGGUGCAUGCUGGGGCUGUGCUGUCCAUAUUCCACCUGUUGCCGGCUGUGGAACACCCAGAUCAUGCACAGCUGUCUUUGGACUUGAAGGUUUUUGUCGGUGACAUCCUCAAGUCUCUGCUCCGCAACGAACGCAACCAGCAGAUCAUGUGCGACGCACGAUUCCCCCAUGAGCUGCUGAGCCACGGAAGUGCUGGCCUGGCUGAUGAGUCCCACCCUCUACACACCCACCUACAGUACAUGUUUGAGAGACUGGCCUCCCAGUCUCUUACCCCAAGAGAUCUGAGAGACUUCCUGCGUCUGGGUUCCCCUCUAAGCUGCCGUUCUGUGGAGGAGGAGUAUGCAGAGGAUGGGCUGUUCUGGCCUGACACGGACGGGAUGGUUGUCUCGCUGGGAAUGGAGGAGAAGUCGGCCACCAUGGAGACUGAGAAGAAGCUCAACUCGGCAGGUGGCACUGUUCCCUUAACCAGAGUGAAGUGUCUAGUGUCCAUGACUACGCCCCGGGACAGCCGUAUGCACGGGUCAACGGUCACUCCCUCGUUUGUGGAGUUUGACAUGAGUGCUGAGGGCUUCUCCUGCCUGUACCUGCCCAGCAUUGCCCCCCAGGGUCCUCCCACGCCCUCUGUGGUGGGAGGCGUUGUCGGCAGCUCUGAGCCCACAGUUAUAGGAGGCAUUGGAACUGGUGAACGUGUGUUCCCACCUCAGUCUGGACUCACAUAUUCCACGUGGUUCUGCGUGGACAAGUUCAGUGCCAUUGGCAAUGACGCCCACCCUGUGAGGCUACUGACUGUGGUUCGGAAUCUGCAAGGGCGGGAGGAAAACCUGAUCUGUCUCAGUGUGUCCAUCAUGUCCAAGGACCGGGCGCUCAUUAUCACCACCCAGGAGAACUACAUGCCCAACGCAGGUAACGGCAGUGAGACGGAGCAGGAGCCUCCCCUCAACGACAACACGGUGCGCUUCUGGUGCCCAGAGCUGACACAGGAGGGGCAGUGGCACCAUCUGGUGCUGGUGCUGCACCGGGCUGGCAUCAUGAAAAAUUCCAACAUCAGCCUAUUUGUGGACGGAGAACUUGUGUCCUCCCAGAAGCUUCACUACAUUUCUCCCAAUCUUGGUGGAGGAGGCACAGCCAGUCCAACAGCCUUCACCUCUGUCUUUGCCUACAUCGGCACUCCGCCUCAGCUUCGCCGCCAGUCUCGGUUGCUAUGGCGACAGGGUCCCAGUAUCAUGUUGGAGGACAUCAUUUCAGCAGCGGUGGUGAAAAACAUUUACGAUCUCGGACCAACGUACAUUGGAAGUUUGCAGGCUCCCCUGACUGAAGAUGGCGAAGUGAAUGGCUCGUACAUGACCGAGGAGCGUGUGAUGUUUGGAGUGUUUGCCCAUGCCAUGUCCCAGAUGACCAUAGCCAAGAUUCGCAAGAUCUACAACAAAGUGGAUAGCAAAUCAAUAGCCAAGCAGUUGGCAAUGUCAGCCCACGAGAAUGCUACGCCCAUCCGGAUUCUGCACAAUUCUGCUGCUCAUCUGGCAGGGCCUGCACGCAGUCUUGGUGCUGUUCUCAUGGGGUACCUGGGUGUGCGAACAUUUUGCCCCCGGCCAGUGGCUCGCAUGCUGGAGAAUGUUGGUGGCACCUCAGCCCUCUUGGGUCUCAUCGCUAUGGCAACAGAUGUGGAGAGCCUGUAUGCGGCCGUGAAGGCCCUUGUGUGUGUGGUACGCAGCAACAAGAGCUCCAAAUGGGACAUGGAUCGGAUACAGGGCUAUCAGCUUUUGUCCAUGCUGUACAAGAAGAAACGACCACAGCUCAACAGCCACAUCCUGCAUCUGACCUUCUCCCUGGUGGGCACGCUGGACAGUGGACGAGAGACCUCGCUAAUCCCCAACGUUCCCGCCUUCCAGGACCUCCUCUGUGACCUUGAGAUCUGGCAUGAAGCUCCAGGUGACUUGCAGAGGUCUUUGUAUGAACAUUUCUAUGAGCUGCUGACAGAUUCCAGUGAACAGAGAAGUAACCACAGCAUCAUGCGCAAGUUGGGCCUGACCAACAAACUUCUCCACAUCCUGAAAGACCCGCGCCUGGCUGUGCCCACAGUCCAGUCCAUAUCCAACGUGCUAGGAGAGCUGCUCAGUGGACCCCCAGACCAUGCCGGCCUUCUCAGGUUUGGCCAGUUUCUAGUGUCUACUCUCCCUGUGUCUUCUUACCUGGAGAGAGGUCUUGAGCUGAACAACCCCAAAGCAGAUGGAAGUCUUGGUGAAGAGCCCGGAGAGAUGCCUGGUGACUGUUCCUUGGCUCAGAUGAUGCACCAAGUGAAACUGAGGAACAUCCUUCUGGACAUGAUUCUUCGCCUCAUCAAACCUCCCGGCAGCAGCAGUCCUCUCAACCAACAAAUGUGUGAGGAUGUGCAGCGCAUCCUGGGCUUCGAUUGGCUGUUGCUAUUCAUGCAGAGCCACCUACACCGUGACACUGUGGUCCUUGUCCUGCGGAUCCUGGUGGUCAUGUUCCGAAAUCCAGAGAACGUCCGGCGCUUCCGCGAGGGCAGUUAUGGUGGGGGCUGGAUGGGUGGGACGGAGACGGUGCUCAAGAAUCAGAUGUCCGUGAUGCUGGGUUUUAAUGUCGGCACUCACGCACGUAACCACGAACGUGAGAUCCAGCAGGAGGUGUGCCAUGUCCCGGGCUUCCAGGCCUUGCAGUGGCUCCUGGCUCGGCACACGAGCGUGGCUGAUGUCUACUUUCUCCUCAUGGCUCUGCUGCUGGGACAACAGAACCGAACCAUUAACUCUGAAGGACAGGCUCUCAACAUAGAUUCUGUAUGGACUGUCCUGUUUGGCGUUCCGGCCAGCAAACCCAUGCACCUUCUGUCGCGGGAGGGAAUUGACCUUUGCCCCGACGCUGCUCUCGUGUUGCUGGCAAUGAUUAGACAUAUGCUAAAUGAGACUGAGUUUAGCAUUGCCAGCAGUACGGAGGAGGAGGAGGAAUACCCGGUGACAGUGGUCCAGUUCCUGUUGUACCUAUACCACAACCUGGCAGAGUUCCAGUCUGUGUGCCACUCCUCUGACUUCAUCUCGAGCCUGGUCUCCACGCUGUUCCCGUACCCGGUCAGUGAGUCCAGCAGUGAUGUCACCACGCCACAGGAGGAGUUUAAGCCUUUCCCAGAGUCUGAGCCGUUGACUGUGGUGAGGAGUCCGGACAGAGAGUGUGCAGGUUUUUUGACGGGCCACCCAGCCCGACGGUUCAUCAUCGAUUUCAUCCGCACCAUCAUCAUCGACAGUCUAGCUCAGAUGGGCAGCAGCAAGUCCACAACAGUGCUGGACACUAUGCUCGAUGCCUCCCCCGAUCACGCAAGUCGUGCCCAGCAAAAAGAGUUCCAGACAGAGAUGCUGCACAUCCUCAUGGAGCACCUGCUGGCUGCUGACGUCCUGCUGGGGGAGUCGGCUGGCCUGGGCGGGGUCAUGACAGGCAGUAGCUACAGCAACAUGGCCACAAGUGUCUUCUAUCUGGCCAGUCGGGUCGUGGACAAGAUGUGGCAUGGUAUUUUCACAAGAGAAGCUAAAGAAGUCUUUGAUUUCCUGAGCAAGCUGAUAUCUCAAGCAAAACGAAAAUCCACUGGCAUCUCCUUGGAGCCUUUGUACAAAUGCCUGAACCGCACGGUCCUGUUCCAACUGUCGCGACCCAUAGACUCUGUGGCCAGCCAGGCCAGUGUGCUGGAUGCUCUGCACGUGCUCACCAACAACAGGAACCUGGUCUUUGGUCCGGGUAACCAUGACAACGAGUUCCUGGGCUGUCUCUGCUACUGUCUGCUGCAGCUGACUGAGGACCCUGAAACAAGCGGAGCCAACCUGAGCGAGCCCAAACCUCGCAUGACCACCUGGCACGUUGACCCAGAUGCAUCAACCGUGCACGAACUGGAUUCACCGGUAGCCUCUAGUGACUCGGCAGACAGGCCCGAGCUGACGAACCCAGCCCUCUGUCAGGGCAUGCAGCUUGUGGCCACCGCGGCAAAGCGAGUCUGGGAUGAGCUCUACGUCUUUAAGAAACCUGCUCUUGAAGAGAUAUUCAAGGUACAGUUCAACAACAGCAGCCCUGCCCGGUCAAUUGCCACACCAGAUCUGAACAGUGUCAGACUGAUGCUUCAAGAAGCGGCCUCUAAAAUCUGGGUUGCCUAUGCAGAGAAUGAGAGGAAGUCUUCCUUCCUGCACUUGGAAAAACUGCAGAAUCAGAUUCAGUCUAAAUUGCAAAAGGUGGGCAGUGGAGUGACGGGAGUGCUGCGCCUGGCCUCUCGGCGAACCAAGAGGGACAUACCUCUCAAGUCAUCGCCUGUCUCCAACAUACACGUCAAUGAUUUCCACCAAGCCACCAUCAGUCAUGUGACCCUGGUGAAAGACGUGGUCCAGUUCCAGCAUGAGCAGUAUGUGCAGGCCCAGAAGCACAUGGAGAAAUAUCUUCUGGAGGACUGGAACCAGGUGGAGAGGGAACUACUGCGUGUGAGAAGUCUGUGGGGGCCUCAGGCUGCCUCACGCCUUGACAAAAUGGUGCUGGACAUGACUGAAGGUCCCUUCAGAAUGAGGAAGAAAAUGAUGAAAAACGACAUGUUUUACAUUCAUUACCCUUACAGGCCCAACUUGGAAGAGAGUCCUCUGAGGUACAAGAUCGCCAUCAGCCUGGACAGCAAAGAGUACUACGAGCACUUCUGGCCUCAGGGCAUCCUGUGUAUGGAGGCUGCCCCCAUACAGAGCACACUAGACACUGACCUCAUCUCCAGCGACAACGACGUCAGUUCCGGAUCUCCUGAUGAUGUGAACAACCUGAAGAAACUUCUGCCUCGCUCCAUUAGCUCCAAGUCUGGGGGGGAGGAUGAGGACAGUGAAGAUCUCAGUCAGCUGGACAGCGGUCACGGCGUAGAACUUGACCGCUCUGAGAGUCUGGUGGACCGACCCGAGGGAGAGGGAGUGGUGGACCCAGCAGGGGAGAACAACUCGGAUGUGCCUCCGUCCCCAGCUACCAAGGCAGAUAACCAGACUAUUCUGCACUUCAUCGGGGAGAAGGAACAGAUCAGCCACAUGUUCCGCUGUGCGCGCAUACAAGGGCUGGACACGGCUGAAGGACUGCUACUGUUUGGAAAGGAGCAUUUCUAUGUCAUUGACGGAUUCACUUUGCUGAAAACAAAGGAGAUAAAGGAUAUUGACUCUCUGCCAUACGAAAUCCACGACCCGAUCAUUCCAAAGUCCUCUAUGGGAACAGGCGGGAACCUGAAAAGAAUGUACAGCCGGUUUGCCUAUGAUGACAUCCGAGAGGUCCACAAACGUCGCUACCUGCUGCAGCCAAUUGCAAUUGAAGUCUUUUCUGGUGACGGCCGCAACCACCUUCUAGCUUUCCCACGCAAGAUUCGGAACAAAGUGCUGGCAAAAUUCCUGUCUGUGGCUACUGCCAUGACAGACAACGCUCAACACUCAGUUUCUGGACAAAGACAGAAUGCUAAAGUGGAGACUGGAGGUGGAAUUAUCAGCAACUUGAUUGGAGAAAAAUCUGUCACGCAGCGGUGGGAGAAAGGAGAGAUUAGCAACUUCCAGUACCUGAUGCACCUGAACACUCUGGCUGGACGCUCGUACAACGACCUGAUGCAGUACCCAGUCUUCCCUUGGAUCAUUGCUAACUAUGACUCAGACGAGCUGGAUCUCAACAAAGCAGCCAACUUCCGGGACCUGUCCAAACCCAUGGGAGCCCAGACACCUGAUCGGCUCAGACAGUUCAUGAAGAGAUACAACGAGUGGGACGACCCACAGGGAGAGACGCCACCAUACCACUACGGCACUCACUACUCCUCUGCCAUGAUUGUGGCCUCCUACCUUGUUCGCAUGGAGCCAUUCACUCAGCACUUUCUCAAGCUACAGGGCGGUCACUUUGACCUGGCUGACCGAAUGUUCCAUAGCAUCCGAGAGAACUGGUUGUCUGCAUCCAAGAACAACAUGGCCGAUGUGAAGGAGCUCAUUCCAGAGUUUUUCUAUCUUCCCGACUUUAUGCUGAACAAGAACAACUUUGACCUCGGUGCCAAGCAGAAUGGUGUAGCCCUUGGUGAUGUCAUCCUGCCUCCAUGGGCCAAGGGGGACCCAAGAGAGUUCAUCCGAGUGCACAGACAGGCUCUGGAAUGUGACUACGUCAGUGCUCACCUCCACGAGUGGAUCGAUCUGAUCUUUGGCUUCAAACAGUGCGGCCCGCCGGCGGUGGAUGCGGUCAAUGUGUUCCACCAUCUAUUCUACGAAGGCAAUGUUGACAUCUACAGUAUCGACGACCCGCUCAAGAAAAAUGCCACCAUUGGCUUCAUCAAUAACUUUGGCCAGAUUCCGAAACAACUGUUCAAGAAGCCACACCCACAGAAGAGGCUGAACAUCCCUGUGAACCCACUGUUCUUCCACCAUGUGGACAAUCUGAAGCCUUCCAUGCAGCCAGUCAAAGAGCUGAAGGGUGCGGUUGGUCAGAUCCACCAGGCUGACAAAUACCUCCUGGCUGUGGAGCAGAACAAGGUGCUGAUACCUCCCACCUACACCAGGUACCUGGCCUGGGGCUUCUCAGACCAGAGCGUGCGCAUCGGACCGUACGACUCAGACAAGGCCAUUUCUGUGUUUGAGGGUCUGGACAAUGGAGAGAUCCUGUGUGCUGCUUGUCCAAAUGACAAAAUCUUUAUCACUGGAGGAACCAGCUGUGUGGUGAAUGUGUGGGAACAUUCUAGCAAGGACCGCAAGGCAACGCUGAAGCAGCCUUUGUACGGACAUACGGAGCCCGUCACUUGCCUCACAGCCUCUGCUGCUUACAGCCUCAUCCUCAGUGGCUCCCGGGAUCGAACCUGCAUCCUUUGGGACAUGAGCCGGCUGGUGUUUGUGCAUCAGUUGAGAGGGCAUGUGGCACCAGUUGCAGCUGUGGCGAUCAAUGAGCUUACUGGCGACAUAGCCACCUGUGCUGGUACAUUCCUCCAUGUGUGGAACGUGAAUGGGGAGCCUAUUGCUAGCGUUAACACUUCCACUGGCCGUAACCAGCAGAUCUUCUGUGUGGCUCUGUCUCAGAUCAAUGAAUGGGACAACCAGAACGUGAUUCUCACCGGCAGCAGUGAUGGCGUCGUCAGGAUGUGGAGUGUGGAGUACGUACAAGUUCCUAAAGAACAACCAAUGAAUACUCAAGAGGCUGCAGAUGCUGCUAAGGGUACAGACGGAAAAGGAGAGAUCUCGCCGACCUCUGCUGUGGCUCAGUCUAUGACUGGACCCCGCAAACUGUCUCGGCACAGUUCCUGCGAGGGUUACAAUGCAAGCGUCCGCAGAUUGUCGCGCAGAGAGUCAUGUGACAGCUACAGUGAUGGUAAACCUGCUGCUGACAUGCUCCGCGAUUUCAAAGACCCAGAUUACCUUGCAGCCAUUGACUGCGAGAUGGGUUCCUCGGGUGAACACGACAGUCCUCUCACCGCACGGCUGAGGGACGAGGAUCGAGACUCGUGGAGGAACAGCACUGGAAGUAGCAUCGGUGAAAGCUUCCGCUAUAACGUCAGUGCCACAAGUAGCACAGGUGAUCUUUACCGGACUUCCGGGUCAAGUACUUUGGUACGGGGCUCUAGCGUUCAGGAAGUUGUGGAAGCAGACAAGGCCAGCCUGCAGUCGGCCAGCGGUGUCUCUCUGGAGGUUGGGGCAGAUGCGGCUCAAGAACUAGGAGCCGAUGCUGGAAAACACUUGUCAGGGGAGAGCACCAGUGUCGCAGAAAGAGGCGAUAACUCUUCUGUGCAAGAGUCUCAAAGCUCCGGUCAAGCCCAGGGACAAUCUGGUGAUGGUGAUGUGACACGUAGCGAGUCCAACUUGUCCGACUUUGAGGUGAUCAGUGAAUCAGAUGUGGCAGAGACUAAGAAACGUUCCAGCACAACCACUGAGGAUCUGCUGAGGAAGUACAAACCUUUAGGCAAACACAGCCUUCGAGAAGGUUUCUGCUGGCAGAGACAAUUAGUGUUCCGCAGCAAACUUACAAUGCAUACCGCAUUUGAGCGCAAAGACAACAAGGAGCCUGCUGCUAUCAUGGCGAUAUCAAUAUCAAAAGACCACAAGACUGUAUAUGUGGGAGAUGUCAAAGGUCGCAUCUGGUCAUGGACAGUGACCAGUCAGCCUGGCCGUGCUGUUGCUGACCACUGGCUCAAGGAUGACGGGGCAGAAUCCUGCCCAACAUGCGGUGUCCGGUUUUCUUUUGCCGAACGGCGACACCACUGUCGGAACUGCGGCAAUGUCUUCUGCUCCAGAUGCAGCAGUCAUGAAACGGAAAUCCGGCGGCUGAGGAUCGCAAAACCAGUGCGGGUUUGUCAAGCAUGCUUCAACAUCAUCAAAACACAGCAGGCUUCUGAGAAUAUGCCCCCACCUGUAAGACUUUAAGGGAAAUACAAGCUGGUGUCAUGUGGAGUCUGCUGAUAGGAAGGCUUGUGCCAAUCAACAAGUGAUGACGUUGAAAUCUCGGCUGACCCCAGUGCAAACCAAGAUUUACUUUAUGUCCUUGAGUUCUGUUGAUUAAACUCUUCAGAAUAUGUUGGGCUAUCGUUUUUCAGAAAUUCCAAAAGUCUCUAAUUGUCCUGAUGUUUUAUUUCUUCAUUGACCAGUAAAGUACAGUCUAGCUGGAUGUCCUUUCAUAAUGUCUUGUCAGGCAGGAAAAUCUUCCUUUAAGUAGCUGGUAUCCUCAAAGGAUUAACUUACUGCUUACAAUUAAGAAUUUUGGGUGUAUGUCUGAAAACAGUGACUGAUGAAAUUACCAUCACUAGGUCUUGAAUCUUGUUAAUGUAAAGUUAUCUUAUUGCUGUGCAUUUAGACCACAAGGCAGUGCCUUGUAUAUCAAAGAGAUGCAUUUUGUGGUACUGUUUAUUGAUGUGUCUCGUACAGCUAUCAUGCAAGUCUUAAUCCACUGAUGAUAGUAGACCGUUCUACCGAAUAGGAAUUCUGCUUUUUGGAAGUGCUUACGCAAUGUUUGAAAGGAAAUAGUGCGUGAAAAAAUGCCAUAAGCUCACUAACAUAAUGGUUCUAUGUGGAAAAAAGGGGUGUAAUAUUUAAUGUGCUUUUUUAGAACUCUGUAAAUGACUUAUGAAAAAUAUGUUGUUUUUUUUUAUAUGUAGAAAAAUUGCAAAUGGGAUUGAUGAAGACAAUCAAAAGAUUGCCUGCUUCUGAAUGUAGAAAGUGCUGUCGGUUGUGUAUAAACUAUCAGUGGUAGGCUCUCAACUCUUUAAAAUGAAUCUCUUGCCAACAGUAUUGCUUUGACCUCUCCCCAGCUGACUAGGUUUGACUUUUUGUGACGAAGUAAUUCAUCAUGCUUUUCUCUAUAAUACAGUCCAGUAUUUCGUCUACAAAAAUCCAUCCAUUUUCAUGUAUCAUGUGCAACUCUGAUUUCAUUCAUGGGCUACUAGCAUUUAUCAGUCAUGUACGAGAGUGAGAGUUCUCCAUUUUUCUUGAACAGCGAUUUACGUUUGUUUCUUGUGCAUUUUCAGCUUACACUGCUGUACAUCUGUGGAAAGACUAAUUAAUGUCUGAGAAAUGUAGUGUAAGGGCUCAAGUGGUUUGUACUUAGGAAAUGUCUGCUGCCCUUUACCCAUCUGGUUUGGCCUUUUUGAGACAUGCAGACCGGAGUGUAUUCUCUGAAGUGAGCUUAUGUGUUCUAGGGAACUUUGUGGCGUGCACAUAACUGUGCACCUGUCAUUGAAAUAACAUGUGGAUGAACUUAGAUUGUUGUACAUCAUUAAUUGCACUCUGCAGUCAGCUGUCAAGUCGUGCCAAGAAAUGGUGUCCUUAAAGCUUUUAGACUUUAUAGGAAUUUCCUUCAAAGAGGCAAAAAAGCUUGGUCAAAACUCAACCAGAACUGCUUUCAGCACGCUGUACUUAAUACAUAAAGCCCUGUACUUGCACCACUGGAGUCUACAGCUUUCGCUUGCCACUUUACUCAAUAGACUUUAGAUUUGCAUGUUGAUAUGGGUAAUUAUUCCUCAGAAUGAUGAGACAUUUGUGCUGAGCCACCCUUUACUGGCUGAGAAUCAAAAGGUUCUAUCGACGGCAGUUGUAUGUUUCAAAUGGAUCCUUUUGACUUUAUAUGUGCAGCUGACAUGUGAAUGUGAGUUCACAUUCCUUCUAUGUAAAACAGAAACUCUGCGUAACUUGGAAGGUAGGACUAAUUAUUUGAACCUGCUGUGUACAACUUUGCAUGCCUGAAGUCUGCAAAACUUUUGAACAGAACAAUUGGUGCAUAAAACUACUGUGGUUUGAUUUUCAGUGACUGAAGAGGCUCAGAACUCUUUCACAUAGUCACACAGUAGCCCAGCAAAGGGACAUGAAGAUGGUGUGGAUUAUGAGUGUAGGAUUCCCCUAUGUCAUUCCACUUGAAGACACUCCAUGUAUGUUUUACUGUAUCUCAUUGCUUCAUUUUCUUUAUUAUCUGUAUAAAAAGUAAGUCGAUGAUUUUAUCGCCAUAUUAUCUGAAUGUGAUAUUCAUAUGUGGAAAUCUUGAAAGUAAGAUAUUCUCUUGCAUCAUCGGUGCAAAAGGCUGGAUUUUGAUGUCGUUUAAAUUCAUGUAGCUAUAUUUUAAUGCCUCCAGUUCCGUGUGGGGUUUCUCACUGGAGAUAUUGUAUCUAGUCAUUUAUGGGAUUUACGUGUGUAGCUAGACUCAGCAAUCUGAUAACAAUUCAUGUCUUUGUUCAUAGGUUGUAUGUUGUCUCCUCAUUUUCGAAUAUAUGUUCUCUAGAGUAGAGAAGUCUGCACUCAUUGAAUGCUUUGGGUUUCAUCUUUCUUUUACACCAGUCAACUCGGACAGACACAGGUAUUUCUGGCGUUUCUGAUAAGACAAGAGAAUACCUGCAGUUGUGCUUCAUCACUAACAGUGUGCUAAAGCCAUUCUGCUAAUGAAUGAUUUUGUUCAUGUGAAAAGCAAUACACAUGUUUUUGAGGGACUUACAACAGCUAUUUUUCGUAGUAUCUGAGUUAUGGUAGUUGAAAUAUUGUAUGAGCGAUUAUCAGUAAUAGGAUAUUAGAAUUCAUGUUUGAUUUGAGAUUUAGAUUCUUUGAAUUUCUUAUUAUUGAGAGAUCUCGGACACUGGUCAGUUCAUUGCUAUCAGUUCCUUAUUUAUGAGAGUGUCAAAUUCAUUAGAUCAUUUUUGUGAAAAAUGUUGUAACAUUCAUGUUUUUGUGAUGCGAUUGUCUCCCAUCUGUGAACAUGUACUGGAAGUUGUCUUGACUUGCGUUUGCUUGAAACAAUUUGUAAAGCUUGAUACAAAACCAUUAACCAUUUUUGAACACUGUUUAUUUUUAUCGGGUUUUUUGCUUAUUAAGUUGAUUUCUUUUUUUCAUUCCUUGCCUGUGAUGCCGACAAUAAUAGGUGUAAAAAGAUAUGGAACUGAUUAUAAACAGUUAUUGUUAUUUAUGAUUCAUCCAUCUCUCAUUAUAAUGCUUCGUGGUCAUAACUGUUUGUCCGGCAUAAUUCUGAAAAUGAAUUUUGAUUAUUCUUAUCUCUUGAAAUGAUUUUAAUUCCAGUGCAAUAGCGUUUACUUUUCUGUGGUGCAUGUUAUGAUGAGGUCAGUCUGUUGUCCUCCUCUGAUUGCUGACAACAUAAUCAUUAUUAUAGGCUUUGCACAUUUUGCUGAUGUAAGCCAUAUAUAUAUAUAUAUGAGUGGCGCACUAUUUACCUACAUUCUCAUUUCAGUUCAGUCAAAUGGUUUAUUCUUUCACUGCAUGACCAUGUUAUUUUUCUCAAACAGCUGAAAUUUGUGUGACUGCCAUAUCUUUACAUUUAUUUCCUUGAGACUGCAUGUGUACUGUGCUGUGGAUUUGUUUCUGGAAAUGAAGGGGUUUUUUUGUUUGUUUUGGGGAAAUACAAAGGUUUCUGGGACUUGACCAUAGCUCUUUGUGUCCAAGAAAGUUUUCUUUUGCCUUUUCAGUUUAUUUCUUUAAGGAUCUCAUGUUAAUAUAGCUUCAGGGACACUGCUGCUUUUCCAGUUUUUUCCUACAAAGUCAAACUUUUUAAGAUUCCAUCUGUUACUUGCCAUUAGCAGAUGUUCUUUGCUGGGACUCGUUAAGGUAAUGAAGAGAAUAGUGUUAUGUCAGUAAUGUUUCUGAAAGGUAGAUUUAUUUGUGAUGAAUGAGAAUAAAUGCUGCCAUUUCUGUAUAAUUAUGCAGGCAUUUCAACUGUGUAGUCUGUGGAGAAAAUAUUUCAAUGGGUUGUCGCUUUUCCAUUUCCUGAAAUUCUUUUUUUUUCUAUAUUCCAGUAUGAUAUCAUCCCUGCCAUUUGUACGUGUAAAAUGAUUAUUAUGAACUAGAUCAGUGAUGUGUAGAAGUAAGGCCCAGCUGGUGUUUAUGGCGCUAUCUGUACGAUUUGGAUUAUGCUGUUGUGUCAAACACAUUUAUCAUUUCCCUUUUCUAUGUUUAAUUAUGUCCCAUCUGAAAUGACCAUAAGCCCAAAUUCUUUCAGUCCGUCACAGUCACACAUCAAACUGCGUUUUUUGUUUUCAUUUCUUACGUUUUGAACUUAUUUCUUAAAACGUUCCCAAUUUUAUUUGAGUUUUAUUAAAUGUAACCAAUGUUUUACAAGCAGUUUUGUGUGUGUGUGUGUGUGUGUGUGUGUGUUUAUGUGUGUUAAAGAGAAAAAAUAAGUGUGGUGAGUUUGAGCUCUUAGGAGUGAUUUUGUAAGUGAAGAGAUGUGGUUAACUCGCUCAGUCUGGGUCAUGGACCAUUAUGUUACUGCUGAUCAUGCAGCCCUUGCAGGAUGGUCAUUGUUCUUUUUUUAAAAUCUUUUUUCUUUCUGCCUAUUUCUUGCAAAGGCUGCAAGAACCAGCUGUAUGCUAGUUUACCCUGUUGCCGGCCUUGGUGACCAGGAUAGUUUUUAAGCUAUUCUUUGGGCAGUGGGGCCUCACAAGGCAAACAGAGCAAUGUGGUGUCAGUGAAGCAAUGAAGUCAUGAGACAUACUUUCCUGUUCCUAAAGCACAAGUCUAUUAACAUCUGCAUCUGCUAUAAACUUGUAGCGACUACUUGUAGUUUGCUUCUGAACACAUUUUUAAAAAAAUUACAGUCACAAAGAAGAUGUAAAGGAAAUACAAUGAAUCUGCUUUUUGCAUGUCAGCAUUCUAUAGUGACAUCGCAUUAGAUCUCCAUGUGAAAUUUCUGUAUGUUUAAAAAAGUUUUUAGUUUUGCUGUUUAAUAGAAGCUGGUUUUAGCAUCCGAUUUAACAUGCUCUUCUCUGAUUUGUGUGAAACUGUCAUGUUAUGUGAUGCUGUAGAAAUUUCAGUAUGGUAUGAUUUUUUUUUUUAAUGCCCUUGAAAUAUCUGUAUUUUGAGGUUGUGCUUGGGAAAAGGCCCAGUAUCGAGUGAGUUGUCAAACGAGUUGCUAUUAUAUGACGUGAGUACAAUAAUUGUACUUAGGUAUAUAUUACUUGAAUGUUUUUCUCGUAAAUUAGUAUUCUAGUAGACUCAGUGUUGUUGGUGUAUUGAGAGUACAGCAGUCUGAAUCUCUUUGAUACAUACUUUUGGGUGAUAUUGUGUGACUGGAGAAGAGCAUGGUAGGUUUAUUGUUGUGCUUGGUGUAGACUGUUGCGACCGAACAGAAGUGGGGAAAGAGAGAGAGAAA